CCGCAGUGCGGCACCGCCGAGUUCAUGGCCCCGGAGGUGGUGGAAACUUUUUACAGCCACAAGGAGGUGCCCAGCUACGACAAGCGCUGCGACCUGUGGAGCCUGGGCGUCCUCCUGUACAACAUGCUGAGCGGGUACACCCCCUUCAUGGAACGCUGCGGCUCCGACUGCGGCUGGGACAUGGGCGAGAUGUGCAACACCUGCCAGAAAAUGAUCUUCAAGAGCAUCCGGAAAGGGAAGUACGAGUUUCCCGAAAAGGACUGGGCGCACAUCUCCCCUGCGGCCAAAGAUCUCAUUUCCAGGCUGCUGGUGAGAGAUGCCAACAAGCGGCUCACCGCGGCCCAGGUCCUGGAGCACCCCUGGGUGCAGGGGGUGCGGCGACGAUCGACGCGUGCCACUCGCAACCCACCGCUCUGGGAAGUGCCUUCGCGGCUGCUCGGCCGCACCGACAGCGGAUGA